UGAUCAUUUCAGGAUGUUGUUUUGCAGAGGACGCAAAGAAAUUUACAAAGAUCCAUAACAUUCGUGCACAGCCAUCUUUCUGCUCAUUAAACCUUUUGUUUGGUGACGUUCCAUUGCCGUUGCCGUCAUGGUUUUCUUAAAAUUCCUAUUAUCCCUCGUUAAGCGCACGAAUGCGUGGGUUCCUGACUUACAUUUGAUAUUUUUCAUUCGUAAAAUUAUAGUUCGUCUUUUUCAGAUCAAGAACGCUCGCAAGCAUCUUCAACUUUAAUAAGUAUUUUGCCACAAGAUUUGGACCACACCGUGGAGAAAAGAGUGCGUUUUUUGAAUUCGUGGCAGAUCUGUCAGAUCCGACACCAAUCUCCACAGAAUUAACACACAAGAUGAGGAGCUAUUAAUGUCUUGUAAAAGACCUAACACAUAGCGUGCCUAUUCACUGGAUAAACUACCAUCAACAGCACUUUUAACGAUUACCAGCUCAGUUCUACACUUUGGGUGGUCGUUGGUUCAUAAAAAUUGUGAGGUGUUGGCCAAAGUUACGCUCACGAUCCAAAUAUCAAAGCGCUACGGAGUGCUCUUUGUUCUCCUAUGGUUCAGUGAAAACGCGAGAAACUGACGUUAAAGUUGUUUGUAACGAAGAUAUCAAUGUGUGGUUUUUCAUGAUCAAACUGUUGCACGAAGAGUAAUUGUGGCCAUAUUUUAAAGCGGUGCAAGAAAAGACUCACAGAAUGGUCGAAGAGAAUGAAACCAUUAUCUUACUUUUAAAUGACAUAUAAGCAACACCGAACCUCGGAUACGAGUAUCUCAACAAGGCGAAAGAAGGUGACUACUGUGAAGUAAACUUACUUGUAUCAUUAGAAAUUGGGUUAAAAACGUCUGACUAAAAUAAUGACGAAUUUGACAGAAGAUGCUGGAAAUUAUAUAACAACACACCGAGAAUUUUUCUGCACAACUGGUCUUGGAGCAGCCUUUAAGAUGUUUUCUUUAACGUUAGCACUUCCUCUAUCCAUAACUGCAAUUUUUGGAAAUGUUUUGAUCAUCCUUGCACUUCGGAAGGUCUCUUCUCUUCAUCCACCGUCAAAAUUUCUGCUCGGCAGCCUUGCGUGCACAGAUUUGGGCGUGGGCCUCAUUUUACAUCCUAUCCGAAGCGGUUUCUUUCUCUCUCCAGACCAUUCAGAAGAUUGUCAUUACUUCUGGAUCCUUUUUAAUAUCACGGGUUUUGUGUUUGGUGGUGUAUCUUUGCUAACAAUGACCGCCAUAAGUGUAGACAGACUUCUUGCCUUGUCGAUGGGGCUAAGAUACAAACAGCUGGUUACUGUGAGGCGGGUGAGAGUUCUUGUCAUCACUUUUUGGAUUUUUUGCACUUUUGGCUCAAUAACAGUAUUACACAGUUUGCGUCUUACUUUGGGAAUCGGCUGCGCAGCAUUUUUACCGUGCACAAUAAUCUCUACUUUCUGUUACAUUAAAAUUUACCGCACACUCCGUUUCUCUCAUGCACAAGUUCCGAGUCAAAGUCACCAAGGACAACAGAAUAGAGAAGGAACUCCACUGAAUAAAGCGCGAUACAAAAAGACAGUGUCCACAGUAUUGUGGGCUCAGAUUUCUUUAUUGGCUUGUUCUCUUCCGUUUGGUUCACUCGUAAGCUUCGCAUCUAUUACUGGAUCAGUGGAUCCGGCGGCGCAGUCAUUUAAAGUAAUUGUGUCUCUAGCGGUAACUUUGAUGUUAUCGAACUCGACUCUGAAUCCAUUCUUGUACUGCUGGAAGAUGACAGAAAUGAGGCAAGCGGUGAAGAACACGAUCAGACAAUUUUGCUGCUGAUCAAGUUAACUUUUCGAUGUCACGUUAAGCGACUGAAGAGUAUCAGUUCUUCCGACAUGAUAACGUAAUGUCUGCGGGGAUAUCAGUCAGUCCGGAUACAUAAUUUUCUGUCAGUUAUCCUGAUAAUAUAAUAUAUAAUAAGUUCUCUUAAAAGACAGAGAUACUAUGGGAGUAAAGUAAGUAUAUUUCAGAGUACAAGUCGCAACCUGCGUUCGAAGCCGAGCCUUCUCGUUUCAGAAUAUGAUAAACUUGGUGUUAGCGACUGGUAUGCAGAUUCAUGGCUGCAUGAAAGUUGAGAAAGUCAGUCACGAGCUUUAUUUACCGAAAGAAAAACAAUUUCAGCGUUCUUUGAUCAUUGAAAUAUGGAAAACACAUAUUCCAUCGGUUUUUUUAAAAUGAAAUAUACCCGGUUAGUAAGUGCGAUAAAAAUUCACAAUUCUUUUGGAAGGUUUUACCCCCUUUAGGGAAACAAUUUCUUAGGUAUAUUGGCUGAAUUUCCAGAGGCAUCCCGGCCAUGUUGCGAUCCAACAGCAUUUUCGCCAAUCUCACAAACAAGAGAGUGAGACAUAGAGGGGAGAACACAUGUUCUGAAAUUUACAAACCGCUGACAAUUGUUUCGAACUUGACUCGAUCAAAAUAACAUAUACAGCAAAUAAUGCAAUAUUUAAUUUCAUUUGAAGGGCACAAAAUAUGCCUUCCCGAGAAAGAUUUUAAAAUAGUAUUCCUGAAAAACUACAAUAUCUUCAAACACAUUCUAAAUAAGUGAAAUGUUGUGAGCCAAAUUAAAAGUCACAAAAUUCACGAGGGAGCUUUUUCGGUUUUUUCUUAUUUCUAAGGAAAAACCUUCGAUCUCAAUAACCGCACCGAGAGACACGGGAUCCAAAAUCAUAAAAAAAAUUUCUCUUCAAUUGAAAAGACUGGGAUCGCA